UAAGCAGAAAAAGAAAAUCAACAUGGCGCAAUCCAGUUUCGAUUGAUGUGUUGACCGGGUAACCUGUGUUGUUGUUUUUCCGUCAAAAAAUUCAAGUUUCGAUUGACAAGAUUUAAACAACGGUGACGUAGACAUGAUUUCCUUAAAAUUUUACAACGCAAUCAGAAGUAUAUCGACGACUGCUGACAGGAUCGCUAAUCUCGUUAAGAAAAACAAAGUGGUUGUGUUCAUGAAAGGUGUUCCAGAUAGUCCGAAAUGUGGUUUUAGUAACGCUGUUACACAGAUAUUGAGAAUGCACGAUGUGAAAUACGAUGCCCAUGACGUUCUCGAAGACGAGGAACUCAGACAGGGAAUUAAAGAAUUCUCUAACUGGCCCACAAUCCCUCAAGUGUUUAUAAACGGAGAAUUCGUGGGAGGAUGUGACAUACUUCUAGAAAUGCACAGAAAUGGGGAGUUGGUAUCUGAAUUGAAAAAAAUAGGCAUAACAAGUGCCCUGCUGGAGGAAGCCCAAGGAAAGAAAUCCAAGGAAUGAACAUGUCUAGAGAAUUUAGUGUGUUUCGUAACUUGUAAAUAAAAUGGUUAUUCGUCGAGGAUUAACGAGUUUUGUUACAAUAAAAUUGUUUUGAUUAGCUAUA